AUGUCGUUGAGCCCAAAGCAUACAACGCCUUUUUCAGUGACAGAUAUUUUGAGUCCAAUCGAGGAGACCUACAAGAAGUUUAGUGCCAUGGACGGCGCAGGAAACCUAGCCUCUCCACUGGGAGCCUACCGACAGUCGCAGGUGUCUCAGACCGGGAUGCAGCAGCACUCCAUGGGCCACAACGCCACGGUGGCAACCACAUACCACAUGCCGCACGGCGUAUCCCAGUUCUCCCACAGCGCCAUGGGGGGAUAUUGCAACGGGAGCAUUGGAAACAUGGGGGACUUGCCGUCUUACCAGGAGAGCAUGCGGAAUAGUGCAGCCGCAACAGGCUGGUACAGUACCAACCCGGACCCCAGAUACUCCACCAUUUCUAGAUUCAUGGGACCUUCCACAGGUAUGAACAUGGCGGGGAUGGGCACGCUCACGGGAAUGGCCGACGCCACCAAAUCCAUGCCAGCCUUGCACGCAGCACCCAGACGGAAACGACGCGUCCUGUUUUCCCAGGCCCAGGUCUACGAGCUGGAGAGGCGCUUCAAGCAGCAAAAGUAUCUGUCCGCGCCGGAGAGGGAGCACCUGGCCAGUAUGAUCCACCUGACGCCCACUCAGGUCAAGAUCUGGUUCCAAAAUCAUCGCUACAAAAUGAAGCGCCAGGCCAAGGACAAGGCGGCGCAACAGCAACAGCAAGAUGGGAACCUGUGCCAACAACAGGCACAGUCCCCCCGGCGCGUAGCGGUACCUGUGCUGGUGAAAGACGGCAAACCGUGUCAGAACGGCUCAAACACACCAACGCCAAACCAGCAACAGGUACAACAGAGCCAGCAGCAGCAGAACGGGGCAGGGGUUGUGCUCGCGUCCUCCGCCGGCGGCCUGGCGCACCAGGGCCAACCGCAGGUGAACGCGCUAGACCUGGAGGAGAUGUCCCCCAGUCCCCCAUCAUUACACAGUCAACUUAAUAUGGCUCAGCUUGAUACGUCCGCUGUAGACUACACCUCCAACAUGGUCAGCUCCAACCUGCUCUACGGCAGGACGUGGUAG